UCCGCCAUGUUUGUCUUUCUCUGCCGUUAAAACCGACGUGACAACCGUAUUUGUUUACUUUGUGACUAACUGGCUGUUAAUGAUGGAGACAUCACAGCUGGUCUACCGGCUGGUCCUGGCGGUGUUCCUCGGUAACUGUCCCGGGGUUUCAGCGGCUCAGCAGCCCAACAUCGUGUUCAUCUUGGCGGAUGAUUUCGGCUGGAAUGACGUCGGUUACCAUGGCUCCGAGAUCAGGACCCCGAACCUGGACCAGCUGUCUGCCGGGGGAGUCCGCCUGGAGAACUACUACGUCCAGCCGCUGUGUUCCCCCUCCAGGAACCAGCUCAUGACCGGCAGGUACCAGAUCCACACGGGCAUGCAGCACCAGAUCAUCUGGCCCUGCCAGCCCUACUGUGUUCCCCUGCAGGAGAAGCUGCUGCCCCAGCUGCUGAAGGAGGCGGGCUACAACACCCACAUGGUGGGCAAGUGGCACCUGGGCAUGUACAAGAAGGACUGCCUGCCCACCCGCCGCGGCUUCGAUACGUACUUUGGCUACCUGACGGGCAGCGAGGAUUACUUCACUCAUGUCCGCUGUUCUCCCAUCGCGGCUCUGAACAUCACUCGCUGUGCUCUGGACCUGCGGGACGGAGAAGAAGUGGCCACUGCAUAUAAAGGAGAUUAUUCCACUGAGCUGUUCAGCCAGAAGGCCACCAGCAUCAUUCAACAACACAACGCUAACAAGCCGCUCUUCCUCUACGUGGCGUUGCAAGCGGUCCACUCUCCGCUGCAGGUUCCCGACCGCUACGUGGCGCCCUACAGCUUCAUCACAGACGCCCACCGGCGGCGCUACGCCGGCAUGGUGGCGGCCAUGGACCAGGCCGUAGGAAACAUCUCUCUGGCUCUGCAGAAGGCAGGACUCUGGAACAACACGGUCCUGGUGUUCUCUACAGAUAACGGAGGUCAGACUCUGUUUGGUGGCAGUAACUGGCCCCUGCGAGGGAGGAAGUGGUCUCUGUGGGAAGGAGGGGUCCGGGGAGUGGGCUUCGUGUCCAGCCCGCUGCUGAAACACGCCGGAGCCGUCAGCCGAGAGCUCAUCCACAUCUCUGACUGGCUGCCGACGCUGGUCGGCCUGGCCGGAGGGAGCACCAACGGCACCAAGCCACUGGACGGGUUCAACGUGUGGGACGCCAUCAGUAAAGGACUGGCCUCUCCCAGACUGGAGCUGCUGCACAACAUCGACCCUCUCUACGUCGACAUCGCUCCAUGUCCUGGCUCUGGUCCGUUACCUUUGGCUCAGACGGUCAGCGGAGGCUCCUGGACCAGCUCCGGCUUCAAUGUGUCCAUUCACGCCGCCAUCCGAUCCUCCAACUGGAAGCUGCUGACUGGAUACCCGGGUUGUGAUGUUUGGUUCCCGCGGCCGGGACACAACAGCUCUGAGAGGACCCGGUCCGGCUCGGACCCCCUGAAGCCCGUCAUGCUGUUUGACGUAGAGAAAGAUCCGGAGGAGAGGAACGAAGUGUCCGCUGACUUCCCCGCAGUCGUGGAGUUUCUCCUCUCUCGGCUUCACCAAUACCAGAAAUCUGCAGCGCCCAUAAACUUCCCCGACGAAGACCCCCGAUGUGACCCGGGCCCCAGCGGGGUCUGGGGACCCUGGGCGUAGAGGGGACCAAUCAUGGAGAAGUUACAGCACUUUCUGUUUUUACUGUGAAUCACAUCAGCAGGAAUCUCUUCUGGAGGAACAAGAGAUGUUUAUUCUACUCUAUGAUGAGAUCAGAUCAAAAGAACUGACGCCUCAUUCUGUCAAGCAAUAAUUUCAUACAGCAGAAACUUCAAGAAAAUAUAUUUUAAACAUAUUUCACUUUAUUUCCCCCAAAAAACAAAAACAUAAACUCAACACUUUAGCUCCCAUUUUUCACAAGUCAAAUAAAAUGUCCAAGACUCUUUU